AUGGUUGUGAAGUUUGCAAGUGAAAGUACACCUGAAAUCGGUAUACCUGACCUCGGUACACCUAACCUCGGUACUGACCUCCGUACACUUGACCUCAGUACACCUGACCUUAGUAAACCUGACCACAGUACACCUGACCUCAGUACACCUGAGCUCGGUACACCUGACCUCAGUACACCUGACCUCAGUACACCUGACCUCAAUACACCUGACCUCAGUACACUUGACCUCAGUACACCUGACCUCAUUACACCUGACCUCGGUACGCCUGACCUCAGUACACCUGACCUCAGUACACCUGACCUCAAUACACCUGACCUCGGUACACCUGCCCACGGUACACCUGACCUCAAUACACCUGACCUCCUUACACUUGACCUCAGUACACCUGACCUCAAUACACCUGACCUCAGUACGCCUGACCUCAGUACGCCUGACCUCAGUACACCUGACCUCGGUACACCUGACCUCGUUUCGCCUGACCUCAGUACACCUGACCUCAGUACACCUGACCUCAGUACACCUGACCUCAGUACACCUGACCUUAGUAUACCUGACCACAGUACACCUGACCUCAGUACACCUGAGCUCGGUACACCUGACCUCAGUACACCUGACCUCAGUACACCUGACCUCAAUACACCUGACCUCAGUACACCUGACUUCAGUACACCUGACCUCAGUACACCUGACUUCAGUACACUUGACCUCGGUACGCCUGACCUCAGUACACCUGACCUCAAUACACCUGACCUCAGUACACCUGACCUCAGUACACCUGACCUCAAUACACCUGACCUCGGUACACCUGCCCACGGUACACCUGACCUCAAUACACCUGACCUCCGUACGCUUGACCUCAGUACACCUGACCUCAAUACACCAAACCUCAGUACGCCUGACCUCAGUACAGCUGACCUCGGUACACCUGACCUCGUUUCGCCUGACCUCAGUACACCUGACCUCGGUACAUCUGACCUCGGUACACCUGACCUCGUUUCGCCUGAUCUCGGUACACCUGACCUCAAUACAUCUGACCGCAGUACGCCUGAUCUCGGUACACCUGACCUCGAUACAUCCGACCUCAGUUCACCUGACCUCGGUGUCCCCAAUCAAACUUUUACAUGUCAAUUUCCUAUUUUCGAUUAG